UUGAAAACCCUAGCUAGUAUUCUUGGUCUCUUCUAUCUUUCUUACCCUCCCGACCCUUCUGUUGCUCCUUCUUUCUCGGUUCAUCACAAAGAUCCGGACAUGGCGACUGCAACACCACCACGUCAACUCUCCCAGAAGGAGGCCGAUAUCCAGAUGAUGUUGGCUGCCGAGGUUCAUCUAGGCACUAAGAAUUGCAACUUCCAAAUGGAGCGUUACGUUUUCAAGCGUCGGAACGAUGGAAUCUACAUUAUUAACCUUGGUAAGACUUGGGAGAAACUUCAGCUGGCUGCCAGAGUCAUUGUGGGUAUUGAGAAUCCACAAGAUAUCAUUGUUCAGUCUGCAAGACCUUACGGUCAGAGGGCUGUCUUAAAGUUCGCUCAAUACACUGGUGCUCAUGCAAUAGCCGGGAGGCACACCCCUGGAACCUUCACCAACCAGCUUCAGACCUCAUUCAAUGAGCCGCGUCUUCUGAUUCUGACUGAUCCUAGAACUGAUCAUCAGCCCAUCAAGGAAGGUGCCCUUGGAAACAUUCCUACAAUUGCCUUUUGUGACACUGAUUCACCAAUGCGUUAUGUUGAUAUUGGAAUUCCAGCAAAUAACAAGGGGAAACAUAGCAUAGGAUGUCUAUUCUGGCUUUUGGCCAGGAUGGUUCUGCAGAUGCGUGGAACAAUCCGUGCAGGGCUUAAAUGGGAUGUGAUGGUGGAUUUGUUUUUCUACCGUGAGCCCGAGGAGGCCAAGGAGAAAGAGGAAGAAGAGGCUAUUGCUGCGCCCCUAGAUUAUGGCAUUGCAGAUUUUGGUGCUGCUCCACUUGUUACCUCAGAUCAAUGGGCUGGACAAAUUUCUGAUGCUCAGUGGGGUGCCCCUGAUGUGGUUCCACCACCAGAUGCUGCUUUAGUUCCUCCACCGGUUUCAAAUGUCGAGUGGUCCCAAGAGCCAGUUGCUUCAUCAGACGGAUGGCAAGCUGCAGUACCACCACCAGCACCUUCAGCUGAAGGUGGCGCCCCUCCAGCUGCCAGUUGGUUUUGAGGGAUGGUUGCAAACGAGAAUUGAUUAAAUCGUUGUAUGAGUUUGCUUGUUUAUGUAGGAGUAUCACCUUUUUGGGCUGCAAACUUGUGAGUUUUAGAAUUUGAGAUUGAAAUUUUGACUUCAACUUUGGUAUCUUGGUAAAAUUUUUAGGAAUAUUUGAGAAAUUACUUGCCUAAACUAUAGUAGGCAUCCAUAUAAAUGAGAUUUUGAAUCA